GGUCACAAAAUUCGCAAAUUUUCGAGCUACUGUUUCGCAGAUCUUGUUGGCACUCUAAGCUUCAGUUCCUGCACUUUAUUCGUCGUUAUUGCAUCUCCGAAUUUCGAUAAAAUUGUUCAGCGAAGGAUGGCUGACAGAAUUUGUUCCUGUAUUACGAUUAGCUGUUCUCGGCCAUUACUCACAGCUGCAUUUUUACUUUUAUUCCUCAUGAAUUUUGCUCUUGGAACUAAGGAAAUACCUGCCGAAAGUAACAACAAUAAACCUCAGCAGCAAGAUGCAGAAGCAAAGAUCAGAAGAGUUCCUCAGCCAUACGGCUUUGGGUUGGGCAAGAAAAGCGUAAGUGAAGAAAAUAAUGAAGGGUUGAAUGAUUUCGAAGAUGACAUCAUGGCUGCAAUCCAAGCAGAAGGGAUAUCUCACGAAAAAAAGCGUGAUGGAAAUUUUGAGCGGUUUGGAUUUGGCUUGGGAAAAAGAGCAGAGCCAAGCCGAUUCACAUUUGGACUUGGAAAAAGAGAACACAACCGCUUUCAGUUCGGCUUAGGUAAAAGAGAAGAUGAUCAUUCUAGGUUUGCUUUUGGUCUAGGAAAACGAGGUCCUGAAGAUAAUCGUUUCGCAUUUGGUCUUGGUAAAAGAGGCCCAGAAGACAAUCGCUUCGCUUUUGGAUUAGGUAAACGGGGACCAGAAGACCAACGAUUUGCUUUUGGGCUUGGCAAGAGGGCAGCAGAAGAUAAUCGUUUCGCUUUCGGUCUUGGUAAAAGAGAUUCGGAGGAAAAUCGCUUCGCUUUCGGUCUUGGAAAGCGAGGACCUGAAGAAAGUCGAUUCGCGUUUGGCCUUGGAAAGAGAGGACCAGAAGAAAAUCGAUUUGCUUUUGGUUUGGGCAAGAGGGGACCUGAAGAUAACCGUUUUGCGUUUGGUCUGGGAAAAAGAGAGUACGAGAAUCAUAAUGAAUUUGAUUUAGAGCCUGAGAAACGAAAUGAUGAUCAUAAUCGAUUUGCAUUUGGUCUUGGAAAGAGAGAUGACGACCGUAGUAGAUUUGCCUUCGGUUUAGGCAAAAAAAGCGAUGAACACAACCGCUUCGGAUUUGGUCUUGGCAAAAGAGCUGAAACUCAACAUGCAGAAGGUAUCUCUUCGACAGCACUUAACGAUAUUGAUGAAUAUAUCAAACGAAGAUUUUCUUUUGGUCUUGGCAAACGCUCUGUUGAUCCUGCAAUGGAAUUUAUGAAACUUCCAUAAAGUAUAUAGAGCACGUGGAAAGAAGAAAUGUUUGUUUAAGGUGGCUCACUAUGUAGGAUUUCAACUAUUUAUUUCAUCAUACAAAGUGAAAAUAUCCCAUGCUACUUCAGUUUUAUACAAAUACUUUAUUGAUGUUUUUCAAGGCAUUAAACAUAUGAGUCGUCAAUAUUACUUUAAAAAUAAUUUGUUUACAAAUGUUACCGUUUUUGUUUUGUUGUUAUACAAAAAUGUAUUUUUAAAAGUCUAUAAUUCCAAGGUGUUAGCCUGUAAAAAGUAUUAUUUUAUUUUUUAUGUAUAAAUAUUCAUUCUUCUUAACAUUCUGUGUAUCUUUUUAGUUUUAUCAACACAUUUACUCUUACACUCUAAAAUGAUAAAACAAGGAAGUAUGAAUGCAUUAUAUGUAUUUUUACACUUAAAGAGAGCAGUCCCUUGCAAUAGUUAAAAUAAAUGCAUCAAAAUUAACUACAGUCAUAUCUCCAUAGGAAAUUAACAUUUAAUGAAGAAAUCAUAUCAACUGUAUUUUGCUUAUAAAAUUUUCUUGUACAUAAAAAAGUCAAAAUUUAUACGUUUACAAAAAUUUAUAUACAUUUAUAAUUCAGAGAUAUAUUUUAGGGUUUUAAAAGAUUAUCUCUGGUGAUAUUUUAUAUAUUUUUUAAAAUGUAAUUUUUGUUUGUUUUUUAUUAUUAAUUACAUUUCGUUUUGUAUGUGGUUUGUCCUAUAUUUUUCAUAAUGAACAGAAUUCUCAAAAUAAAAUGAAUUGAAAAAUGUAAUUUAUUUUUUUUCAGAAUUUAUUUCACUAUUCAUACAGGCUGGAACCUGACUAUAGUCUGCAUUAUUCUACUUCACGUUAUCAUGUAUUACCAUAAAUAUGUAUUCUUUAAUGUAAAUUUAUUAUUUGUUGAUGAAAUUUCGCGGAUGUUGAUAAAAAUCCCAAUGGAUCAUUCUUUAUAAUGAUUAUGUAUAACGCAAGGUUAAAAAAAAUUAAAAAAUAUUAAGAACUUA